AGCUAAUCCAAAAGCAAAGGAAAAGAAAGUGGAAAUAAUAGGAACAGUAGCGGCGUCCAUGGUCAGCCCUUCCGUCUCCGCGGUGGCCGCCGCCGUGCCGCCGCCUCCCGCGAAAACAAAACCCGUGACCCUAGCUACAGCACCACCUCUGACGGCCACUAGAAGGCACCUCCUCCUGGCCUCCGCCGCAUCCGCACUCCCCACAGCCGCCGCCUCCGCCGCGGCCUCUCGAUUCACCGAGAUCCCUAGCUCCGGCGGCGUGAAGGCCCUAGAGCUCCGGGAGGGUUCCGGCGAGGUCCCGGUCGACGGAGACCAGGUUGCAAUUCACUACUAUGGGAGGCUGGCUGCGAAGCAAGGAUGGCGCUUCGACUCAACCUAUGAUCACAAGGACGCGACCGGUGAUCCGAUACCUUUUGUCUUUACCAUCGGGUCUGGAAAGGUUAUACCUGGUAUUGAAGCAGCAGUGAAGUCCAUGAGAGUCGGUGGUCUUCGCCGUGUGGUCAUUCCGCCAACACAGGGAUACCAAAACACAUCACAGGAACCAAUUCCUCCUAAUUUCUUUGAUCGGCAGAGAUUAUUUACUACUAUAUUCAACCCGACACGCCUUGCAAAUGGCGAGGGUUCCACUCUUGGUACUGUCAUCUUCGACAUCGAGCUGAUCAGCAUAAGGCAGCAUACAUGACUGUUAUGCUUUGCCAAGGCUGAAAGUCCGAUCAGGCGAUCACCGCCCUGAUUAAAAUCCUUUAGCAUUGCACACUUCUGUCUCAAAGAAACUCUGAACUAGUGAUCAUGCUUCUGUCCAAUCCCUCUGUAAAUGCAAUAUAUGAAAGUUGUAUAGUGAUUUUCUGCAGUUAUUGAGCAACCUCAGUCACACAGAUACAGACUGUACGGUAUAUACAGAAAGAAAAAAACAGUGGUAAAUAGUGAUCAAGUGGAUUAUUUGGCUACGAACCUUUAGUAAA